AAACGCGGGGAGGUUUUCACAAUUGUCCCUUCUUUUAAACGAAAAUUCCACCGCGGUUUAAAACGGACCAUUCGCGGCUUCGGACGAGCGGAUAAGACAAUGGUGGCCGUUCUCGACUCCCAUUACUUGGCCAUUACAGCUCUCGUCACUGUAGGGUAUCAGUUCAUGUUCUUUGUAAUUACAGCCCUUCUCAGAUUCGACAAGGUCACAGAUUUCGCCGGAAGCACAAAUUUCAUUAUACUUGCUGUGUUAACUCUGAUUCUGAAAGGAACAUGGCAUUUUAGGCAGGUUGUCUUGACUCUUCUUGUAGUAGUAUGGGGUCUUCGCCUUGGUUUAUUUUUGUUAAUGAGGAUUUUGCAGUGGGGGGAGGACCGCCGCUUUGAUGAAAUGCGCAGUAAUUUGGGAAAGCUAGCUGUUUUCUGGACAUUCCAGGCUGUCUGGGUAUGGACCGUGAGUUUGCCCAUAACAGUUGUUAACUCUAGAGAUAGAGAUCCAUCUAUUAAACCUGGAGACAUUGUUGGAUGGAUUAUUUGGUCUAUGGGCAUGUCAGUUGAAGCAACAGCAGACCAGCAGAAGCUGGCAUUCAAGAACUCUUCGGCCAACCGAGGGAAGUGGUGCAAUGUCGGACUAUGGAGAUUCUCCCGCCAUCCCAACUAUUUUGGUGAGAUCUUCCUCUGGUGGGGAAUCUUUGUGGCUUCUACACCUGUACUAGAAGGUGCUGAAUGGCUUGUAGUUCUUGGACCAAUCUUCCUAACUCUUUUGCUUCUUUUCGUUAGCGGCAUCCCAUUGCUUGAGGAAUCAGCAGAUAAAAAGUUUGGUAGUGUUCGAGAGUAUCAGCUGUAUAAAAAGACAACAAGCCCCGUCAUUCCCUUGCCCCCAGUUGUGUAUGGGAAGUUGCCUGCAUGGUUGAAAGCAGCCGUCCUUUUCGAAUUUCCUCUCUACAGUCGAAAUUUUCCUCCUGAGCAAGGAUCAAACUGGUACAGAAAAGCCGGAGAGAAGGUUGCAAGUGAUUGAAGUUGGAUGAUUCAUCUGAUUAUUAUACCAGUUUAUGACAUAUAGUGCUUGGAUUUAUUUUGAAGGACCACAAAACAAAAAAAAAAAAAGACGAAAAAAUAAAAUAAAAAUGCGGUGGUUUUUGUUUAUUUGUUUUAUUUCUAUUUUGUAUUUAUAAAAGAUUCCGUUAUUCUUGUGGGUGGAAUAACCUCCUGUGUAUCUGUAGUCAACUUGUAACACUUUUUUUUUUGUUCGGUCUAAAGACUGAAGUGGUUUAUGUAUCUGCCACUGAACUCGUUACUACUUGUACUUUGGACUUGUAAUGGUAUUUAUGAACGUUUGUGUA